CCUGGGCGGAGGCGGAAACGGAAAGGUGAAUUAGGGAGCGGAGUUGUGGCCGCGUGGGGAGAGAGUGCUGUCGUUUGGUGAGCUGCUUGGAAGGCAGGGUUCGGUUCCAGCGCCCGGGUCGGGAGAGGCAGGGACGGGAGAGAGGACCGGGCCCCCCUUCGUGAGCCUGGUGGGGUGUAGUUGGGCGGCGCUCGAGGUCGGCGAGGCCCAAGAAGGGCGCGGUGAGAGGAGUUGUGUCCGGAAGACACCCCCGGCUCCGGAGAGGAUCUGUGGGCCCCGAACUCUCGGUCGCGCAGCCCUGAGGACUCCCCCAUGGCGGUGCGAGCGUCGUUCGAGAACAACUGUGAGAUCGGUUGCUUUGCCAAACUCACCAACACCUACUGCCUGGUGGCCAUCGGAGGGUCGGAGAACUUCUACAGUGUGUUCGAGGGCGAGCUCUCCGAAACCAUCCCUGUGGUGCACGCGUCCAUCGCCGGCUGCCGCAUCAUCGGCCGCAUGUGUGUGGGGAACAGGCAUGGGCUUCUGGUGCCCAACAACACCACGGACCAGGAGCUGCAGCACAUUCGCAACAGCCUCCCAGACUCAGUGCAGAUCCGGCGGGUGGAGGAGCGGCUCUCGGCCCUUGGCAACGUUACCACCUGUAAUGACUAUGUGGCCUUGGUCCACCCAGACCUGGACAGGGAGACAGAAGAAAUCCUGGCUGAUGUGCUCAAGGUGGAAGUCUUCAGACAGACAGUUGCUGACCAGGUGCUGGUAGGAAGCUACUGUGUCUUCAGUAAUCAAGGAGGUCUGGUACACCCCAAAACUUCAAUCGAAGACCAGGAUGAGCUGUCUUCUCUUCUUCAGGUCCCCCUUGUGGCGGGCACUGUGAACCGAGGCAGUGAGGUGAUUGCGGCUGGGAUGGUCGUGAACGACUGGUGUGCCUUCUGUGGGCUGGACACAACUAGCACCGAGCUCUCGGUUGUGGAGAGCGUCUUCAAGCUGAACGAAGCCCAGCCCAGCACCAUUGCCACCAGCAUGCGGGAUUCCCUCAUUGACAGCCUCACAUGAGUCACCUUCCAUGCUGUUCUGUGGGCUGCUGCCUAUAGACUUUGGCUCUCUUUCCAUGCCUGAGCUAGUCGGCUGUGGCAGGAAGGCGUGCCAGAGAGCUCCCUGGAGCUGAGUGGCUGGGUGUCCGGCCCUUCACCUGCACCUGCACCUGCACCGUCUGAAUCUGUUGUUACUUACAAGCCAGUCCUAGCUUGCUGGCUGUCAGUUACUGUGGCCCCUGGAUGAGAGCUCAACGACCUGUGCCACCCCAUUAAAGGGCAGCUGCCUCA